GGUAUUUAUCCAACAUGAUUAUAUCAGUGAGCGCCACGUGACAUAUGUUAAUGGAGGGAGUGGAAUUCCCCUCCCCCAGUAACAGGAUAGUGCUGUCAUAUGGGUAUGGGCCACGUGGUGGGUGUUGCCAGGUGCUGUACAGGGAAGGCGGGCCCUUUAUUUAACAGCAUUUAGUGACAGGUGCCAUAUAGUUACAGGGAUGUGUACAACACCAGGGGUAGCCAUGGUUAAUAGGUCAGAGGCACUCUUCGGAAUGGGGCAAGGAAAUGGGGUUUCCCUUGCAUAACCCAGAACGGCUCCAACAAUGGCUCUCUCAGAUGAACCAAGAGAAGUGGGUACCCACCAGAUACCAGCAUUUAUGCAGUGAGCACUUUGCUCCGUCGUGUUUCGAAUACAGGUGGGGGGUUCGCUAUCUAAAGCCUGAUGCUAUCCCCACCAUCUUUCAACUGUCUGAAAAACCCUUGAAAAGGGAGAAUCCUGCCAGGCCCCCAUGCGAAACACAGGCCAAGAAGCUAAUUGGUGAGAACAGCAUGGACAGGACCUCGCAGGGGCCACAAGCCGUGGCCACCCACCCCACUCCGGACACACUGGAAGCUCUCGCCAUAGCUAUCGACCCGGCUCUGUCCUCGGCCCCGAUCUACGUGGAAGCCCAGCCCUCUGUCUCGGAUCUGGACCUCCAUGCCCUCUCCUCCCCUCUGGUCGGGGCGGUGAACCUGAUGCCUCUCGUUCAGAUUGUGGAACCGCUCAACGCUGUGGCGCUGGCCGUGGCCUCGCCCACGGAGGGCGUAGAGUCCAUCCCCAUCCAUCUCCCAGGCCAGCCAUUCCCUCCUGCCGUGGACCAGCGUGUGGAUUUCUCCGUCGAGGCCUCUCCGGACUCUUUCGUGGCGGACGUGCCCGAGCAGUUUGCCACAGAGAUCAUGGUCUCUUGUGAGGACGCUGCUGUGGUGGACCCUGUCCUCAGCUCCCUGCAGGUGUCGACCAGCCAGAUGGUGGCGUAUUUCGAGACCAUCCCCACCGCGCCGGUGGUGUCCUCCGGCGCCAUGGGGCCGCUGACGUCCAGUGCGUCGCCUCCCGAGACCGUGUUGUCCUCAGCCUUGACAGUGCCCAUUGUCUCCACGGUGCCCAUAGUGUCGAACUAUGCUGCCGGCUCCCUGGAUGACGACUCCUCCUCCUCCACCAUCGAGGUGGAGCUCUGUGCCGAAACCCUGGAGGAGCAGCUCGAGGAGCACCGCUACCACAAGAACGAGCUGACCACCCAGCAGCUGGUCAACCUGGUGAUGGGCCUGCAGAAGAAGGUCAAGGUGCUGCAGCAGCGACACCGGCGUCACUGCACCAAACUGGAAGCCAUGGAGGGCGUGGUGGAGCAGUUGAGGAAGGAGAGCCUGGUGUCGGAUGAGAAACUCAAGCUGCUGGAAAUGGCGUGCCUGCAGUCCAGCGCGGUGAUGCCAGAAAGCGGCAGCACGGUUGCCAUCAUCUGCCAGGAGGAAGACCGGGCUCUAGUUUACGCCGUUCCCCAGCUCCCAGAGGAAGGGAAUGAGACAAUCAUCCACGUGGAAGAGCAGUAACCAAGAGACCCGUGCUGUAGAGCCCUCCGCUCCCUGCUUCACUGAGCUGCACGUUCAGGGAUCACCCAGGUCCUUCUCUCCCCAGCAACAGGAGCAGCGAUUCCCGUGCUGCUGGCGCUGAUGCGGCAGCUGCGUAUUCAAUGGCCUUCAUGCUACGGCACUUUAUUUGGGUGGGGAGUGGAGAGGUGGGUUUGUUUCGAGUUGGAAUGAUUGUUUAUAAAGGGUCUUCUCAUGGGGGGAUUGAGUUACUGGCUUGUCCAUGUAUCCAC